UUUCUUUUUAAAGCUUGAAAGCUUUUUACACAAAAUUUUUUUCUUUACUUUAUUUCCUUUUUUACCCUAUUUUCUUUUUUUCUUCCCACUUAACGCCGCCGCAACCGGUCGACCGUCAUCACCAUGGAGCUCUUCUUUUUUCACUCUUCAAUUCUAUCUAGUCAGAUCACCAAGAACCGGACCCAAACUUCAUGAAACAAAGGCGAAAGCUUUGAACCUUUUCUUUCUCCGAUCUCCAACCUACACCGUCGGAUCGUCUUCGGUCGUUGGUAUGUUGUUCCCCUUGUCCGAAUACGCCUCGUCACCGUUCGGAUCGUCGAACGGAGUCCCAGAGUUUCAAGACAGAGGCUUGGCUUGGAUGGCCAUAGUCCAUGGUUGUGCAAGAAUGAUUUUUUCAAUCUCCGCAAAACGCCUCAGCCCCUUUUCACUGAUUUCACCAAUUCAUCGACUCUUUUCCUCUAAUUCUCACUCUAUAUUCCCAAACGCCACUCCUCAUUUCCACUCUCAGUCCCCAAAUCCCCUCCCGGACCAAUCCCAUGUCGACCACCGAACCGUCCACGAAACCCUCUCUUGCUACUCCGAAGACUGGAAACGCGCCUUUGAGUUCUUCAAUUGGGUCGAAACAGCUUGCCACUUCACCCACACCACAGACACCUUCAACAAGAUGUUGGACAUUUUGGGUAAGUAUUUUGAGUUUGAUCUUUCAUGGGAUUUGGUUCGUAGAAUGAAGAACAACCCUUAUUCGAUGCCCAAUCAUGCCACGUUUCGCAUCAUGUUUAAGCGUUAUAUAACUGCCCAUCUUGUUAACGAAGCUAUUGCUACUUUUGAUAGAUUAGGGGAAUUCAAUUUGAAGGAUGAUAUUUCAUUCUGUAACCUUGUUGAUGCACUUUGUGAGUAUAAGCAUGUAAUUGAGGCACAUGAAUUGUGCUUUUUCGGUAGAAGUAAGGACUUGGGUUUUAAUGUGAAUGAUACUAAGAUUCAUAAUAUGAUUCUUCGUGGGUGGUUUAAAAUGGGGUGGUGGAGUAAAUGUAGGGAAUUUUGGGAAGAAAUGGAUAAAAAGGGUAUUAAGAAAGAUUUGCAUUCUUAUUCUAUUUACAUGGAUAUAAUGUGCAAGUGUGGGAAGCCGUGGAAGGCAGUGAAGUUGUAUAAGGAGAUGAAGAAGAAAGGGAUGAAGUUGGAUGUUGUGGCGUAUAAUACUGUAAUUCGUGCUAUUGGUGUUUCAGACGGUGCGGAAUUUGGUGUCGGGGUAUUCAGGGAGAUGAGGGAUUUGGGUUGUGAGCCGAAUGUUGUCACUUAUAAUACGGUUAUAAAGCUUUUGCUUGAGAAUGGGAGGGUGAGGCAAGCUUAUUCCGUGCUUGACCAAAUGCUGAAGAACGAUUGUGCACCUGAUGUGAUUACAUACCAUUGCUUUUUUGGGUCUCUUGAGAAGCCUAAAGAGAUACUUAAGUUGUUUGAUUUGAUGAUUAGGAAUGGGGUUCAGCCAAGGAUGGACACAUAUGUGAUGCUUAUGAGGAAGUUUGGGAGAUGGGGAUUUCUUCGACCGGUUUUUAUGGUUUGGAAGAAGAUGGAAGAACUAGGAAGUAGCCCGAAUGAGUUUGCAUACAAUGCUCUGAUUGAUGCGUUGAUUGAAAAGGGCAUGUUAGAUAUGGCUCGGAAGUAUGAUGAGGAAAUGUUAGCCAAAGGGAUUUCAUCUAAGCCAAGGGAAGAAUUGGGAACAAAGCUGUUGCAAGGAGAACCUCACACUUAAUAACUGCAAAAUGCUUAUACAUUAUUUUGAAAACGAAGUUGCCACUGAAAUUCUGCUCUCAAAUGAAAAGAAAGAGGGUGUGCGAGCCUGAAUUAUGCUCAGUAGGGCAGUGCCUUUUAUAUAUGUUGAAAAGAAUAGAAAGUCCUUGCUGGAUAGUGUAGGCCAAAGUAUAACACUUUAUGGGCAGUAAUGUGGGAUACUAGUAUUGAUUUAGUUAAGCGUGAAUGAGGGCAUGUGAACAUGUUUUGAUAAGAUUAAGGAUUGCUGAGUGCCAAAGGUGAAGUACAUCCGAUGAUGGUGCCUGCCUGAUUUUGCCUAAGGUCUAAGAAGAGCUGGGAUGGAGCUUAAUCUGCAGUAAGGUGGCGUUUGGUAUGAGGAUGGUUCAGAAAAGAGACUUUUCUUACAUUAGAAACUAUCAUGUUUCAGCAGCGGCCCCAAAUCCCCGUUGAUAUUGAGGAAGCACUUUUUUUCUUUUUUCAUUUUUAAUCAUUUUAAUUAUAGAUUAUUUUUGUAGUCUUAAUCUUUAAUCACAAAUGUCAAUAAUCUUGUAUUAUAUUUUGUAGUCUAAAUUUUGAUAUCAAUUAAGAAUUUAUUUUGACGGGGA